AUGGAAACUGUUCUAGAAAAUUUGGAUUUUUUUACCGAUGACGUCAGCGACUUUAAAAAUGAUCUUCAACGAAAACUUACUCAAGUCGGGCAGUCACGUGAUCAGGAAAGAAACAAGAUAACUCGAACAACUGAGUCAAUGAAGCUAGCUAUUAAAAAAUCAGAAGAUAAACUUUUAACAGAAAAUGCCGAAUUGUUUACUGCCUAUGAACAUAAUUUACGAAAAAGUAUUGAAGCAAUAUCGCAAGUUGAGAAGGAAAUUACUUCCGUUCGUUCCCAAGCAGAUGACUGUCUUACUUCCGGUACAGCUGUUGGAUCGUCUGAGGACAGAAUGAUUUAUAACAAGUUUGAUUCUCUGCAGAAUCGUUUAGCUAGUCUCCAGAAGGGUGUGGCGCAGCCUGUAUUUCAACCUUGUGAAGAGGAUUUGGUGAUUGUUAAGAAUAUUGAUGUGGGGAAAUUUGAGAUAUCGGGUGCGAACAUUGCGCCACCUAUUAUUGGGUUUCCUACUAAACGCAUCGUAGACAUGUAUUCUUGUUUUAUAACUGGAUUUCUUUGGUUCAAUCACAUGUUUGUCGUGUCGGACAAAACAAACAAGAAGGUGAAAUACUUCACAGAACACGGCGACUUUCUCUGUGAAUUACUGUUUACCGACGCAUCGCCAUACGGAAUUUGUCAUAUGAAGGACACUUGGGUAGCCAUUGCUUUGCCGAAAGUUAGACAGAUUUACAUCGCACGAUUAAACAACAUGAAAGCAGAAAUACUUAACAAUUUUCGAACUGAUGUGGGUUAUGCCGGUUUAGGUAAAGGACAUGACGGGAAUACUUUGAUUGCAAGUAUGGCGUCAAAUACGCCGGGUGAAUCACACGUUGAUAUUAUUAGUUUCAAAGGAGAAGUUUUGAUGUCUUUUAAAAACGACCCGCAACUUCCGGCACCUAUCUUUAACUUUCCAAGGUAUGUAGAAGCAUUUCAAGGAGCGCUCAUCAUAUCUGACUGGAGAAAAGAUUGCGUCAUUUUCUUGCACGCAGUAAGCGGAAGUGUUCUAAAGGAAUAUCGCGGAACGAAAGAAAGUCCUCUGAUAAACCCGUAUGACAUUAGCUUGGAUAAGCUGGGGAAUGUUUAUGUUCUAAACGGUAAAGAUGGCACUGUCCAUGUUGUUGACACGCAAUGUACUCUGACUGACAUCAUUAGGGACACAUCAGAGUUGCUAAACCCUAGACUCUUAGCCUACAACGACGAAGCUGGACUCUUAGCAGUCACGUAUGGAGCUGGUGAUAUAAAAACGUAUUAUCACCGCGUACCGUUGCCGCAGACAGCAAAACCAUCUAUCUCGUCACAUGAUACCUCGGCGUCACAUCAUACCCCGACGUCACAUCAUACCCCGGCGUUUCUUUCCCCUCCAAAUUCGGAUGCAAAUACACGAAGUCAUUCACCGGCGUUUUAA